AUGGCAAAGGCGGAGUCUACAGCAAGAAAUAAUGUUGACUGCCUCAAUGUCGAUUUUAUGCGGUCUUUAGUGAAACAGUAUUCUGAGUUGGGUCAAUGGACAAGUGCAUUCUUUUGGGCAGAUGCGGCAGCUGCAUCAAGUGGGUCAGCAGUGGCAAGUGGGGAUGAUAUUUGGUUACUGGCCAGCGCUAUGCUUGCUCGUGGUGAAUUACACAGAGCUGCACAUGCAGUCACUUCUAGAGGAUUACAUAGGAGACAUCUGCUCUGCCUCGGCGUCGCGAUGAGAGCGUAUAUAGCUGCAAAAGAGCCUACUACUACUUUGACUAUUCUCGAAGAGUGUGAUCCAUCACUAUUAGAACCCAGGAGCAUGGACCAGACACACAAUCGAGCCCUAGCAGGAGUGUUAGUGUGGCAAGCUCGGGCGUUGUGCUCGUUGGAACGAAGGGAGGCGGCUGCUGAGGCGUUAACAGCUGCCUUGAGAGCUGACUGCGCUUGCUAUGAAGCAUUAGAUUUACUCCUGGAGCAACAUGCCCUUACACCUAGUCAAGAGAGCGAAUUAAUCGAGUCGCUGCCCAUCAAUAACCAGAUGAGCGCCUCGGAGGCUGCGCUACUACGAACCGCGUAUCGAGAACGCUUGCGUCGGUACUCGCCACUGCCGCCCACUGAACCAGAUGACACGAUCAAAACAGCAGUCGACAUAGCGCGCUCUCGCAGCGCCGAAGCUGCGGAAGCGAGGGGGCGGAGGCUCGCAGCGGCUGGCGAGUGGGGCGAAGCCCUAAAGGCCCUCGACGCCGCGGGGCCCUGGAGCUGUGCCGAGGUGCGCGCCGCCUGCCUUGUUGAGCUGAAGAAGAGUGCCGAGCUAUUCGCCUUCGCGCAUGCUCUGGUGGAUGCUUAUCCGCAGUCCUGGACUGCUUGGUACGCUGUGGGCUGCUACUAUUAUCUCAUUGGCAAGAGCGAGUUCGCGCGGCGCUACCUGGGCAAGGCGUGCGGGCUGGAGCCGGGCGCGGGCUGCGUGUGGCUGGCCUACGGGCACUCCUUCGCGGCCGACAACGAGCACGAUCAGGCCAUGGCCGCCUACUUCAAGGCGAGCCAGUUGAUGCCGGGCUGCUACCUGCCGCCGCUGUAUGUGGGCGUGGAGUGUUCCCUACUCAACAACGUCAGCAUGUGUGAGCGGUUCAUGACGCGAGCCGCGGCCCUGCAUGGAAACGCUGAGGUGGGCGAGGCGGGGGAGGAGGGCGAGGCGGGCGAGGCGGGCGAGGGCUGGGAGCGCAUCGCGCGGAGCGUGUCGUCGGCGCACGUGGCGCACGAGGCGGGCGCGGCGGCCUUCGCGGCCGGCCGGCCCGCCGCCGCGCGCGCGCUGUGGCUGCGGGCGCUGGCCGCCGCCGGGCCCGCCGACCAGCUGAGCCCGUGCUGGGCGGCCACGCUGGACGCGCUGGGGCACGCGAGCCGCGCGCUGGGCCGGCCGGGCGAGGCGCUGCGCUGGCACGCGCGCGCGCUGGCGCUGCGGCCCGCGCGCGCCGCCAGCCUGGCCGCCUCCGGCCUGUGCCUGGCGCUGCUGGGCCGCGAGCGCGACGCCGCCGACGCGCUGCACGCGGCGCUGGCGCGGAACCCCGACGACGUGGUCGCGCUGGCGCUGCUCGACGCCAUCGUCGACCGCCUCGACGCCGCGCUCACCGAGGAAGAAAUACCCCAGUUUCCGUUCCCCGCUGUCACAUUGGGUCCGCCGCCGGAACAAGAAGCAAAUGAACGUGAUCUCACCGAUAGAGAACUGUCCGACAUGAGCAUGAGCUUCGACUGAAUUAUACACUGGCAAUUUCACGUUCACCCUUAUAAAUCCCAAUUUGGGAUAAACUAUGCCCAAUAUUUCAGACCAUAUCUUCAACUGCCCGACUACCGAGUUUCAGCACAAACGGUUAAAUGGUGGAAGACGACAAACAUCCAAUUUCAUUCAUUUUUUUACGUAAAUUUUGUACAAGUAGAUCACUCACUAAUAAUAAGUAUCUAAUAUCCAGAAGAUGAUUGACCAAUUCAGCCUGUAACAUUAAACUGCAAGGCAACUUAUAUAUUAUUUGCAGUAUAUAUUUUUUUAAAAUUUCAAUAUUACGAUUUUAAGAUCUAUGAUAGUCCCAAACCAUAGUAACACUCUAUACUUUGUAAGCUAAAUCGUUAUUAUUUGUAUUGAAUCUAAUGGUAUAUAGAUAUACUCAUAUAGAUAUAGAUAUAUAACAAAUUAACAAUAUCAAUAAGCAAAUAUUGUUUCGUUUUGGAAACAUUCGACUAAAACAUUACUGUUAACAAUGAAAAAAAAUCUGAAUAUCCUAUGGUUACGAUUAUCUAUUACUAUUAGAAUGAAAAUUAAACACUAAUAAUGACUGUACGUGUAUUGUACGUGUAGAAAAACAAUCAUAUGUAUGUGUACUUAUAAGCUUAUCAUGUGUGAAGUCUUUCAAAGAACUGUAUAACACCAAUUUUCGUUGCAUUUAAUUUGUACAGUGUACAUUUUUAAUUGUAAGAGUAUUGAAUAAAACUUUUCCAUUUA